CACAUACUAUACAAGCUGGUCUGAGUAACUAUAAUACACAAGCUGGUCAGAUACUAUACAAGCUGGUCUGAUACUAUACAAGCUGGUCAGAUACUAUACAAGCUGGUCAGGUACUAUAAUACACAAGCUGGUCAGAUACUUUACAUGCUGGUCAGAUACCAUACUACACAAGCUGGUCAGAUACUAUACAAGCUGGUCUGAGAUACUACAAUACACAAGCUGGUCAGAUACUAUACAAGCUGGUCAGAUACGAUAAUACACAAGCUGGUCAGAUACUAUAAUACACAAGCUGGUCAGAUACUAUACAAUUCUAGCUGGUCAGAUACUAUUAAUACUAAUUUGUCAGAUACUAUACUGAUAUUUUUCCCCGGUGUCAUCGGAUUCUGGCGUUACUCCCGGCUAUCAUCGGCAUCACAGUGUUUGAGGCAUUUCACGAACUCUUCAAUACGAUAUGUGAUUUCAAAACAUGCAUUAAUAAAUUCAUUUUAUUCAAGGUAGUGUCUACUAGCCAUAGUCUUCAUUUGAAAACAAGUUAUUUCACGGUAACGGAGUCCGCUUGUUCCGCACCGUUUUGUUUUUCUUUCACGGUGUAUGGCUCCAUUGUUUUAGUGUGAGUUACGUUCACAGUAUACAUACUUUAUUUGAGGGCGUUUUAAUCAUUGUGAAUGUUUCGUUUUCGGACAGAAAUUCUUGGAAAAGCUGUAAUAUAGCUGUAUUAUAUUGGAUAUUUAAACGAGGAAUUUUGAAAACUUUGAAAAUGAGCCACAGUUCUCUUGGGACGGGUCUGCUGGUGGCGGCGACCGUUUUCGGGCUCAUCGGUGCCAUACUGCUGUCGGUGUCGUUCGCCACGGAUCAUUGGACGGAGGUGGCCGUCAACGUUUCGGCACUAGGCAUAGAGACGCGAACGGCACGGGUGGCAGACCCCUCUGUGGGGCGGCACAUCACUGAUCGCCACAGUGGCAUGUGGCGCGAGUGCUACCCCGGCCGUGACACACAGUUUCUGGAGAACCUGGCCAACUACGAGCCUGAGUUGAUAGACAAGUACUGCUUCUUCGUUAAGUACAACAUCCCUGAGGAACGCAACAACAAUGACUGGAGUAACGACUACCUCUCUAGAAUACAUUUACUACGAUGUUGGAUGGCGUUCUUUAUCGUGGCGCUGGUCGUGUUUCUAGUCGCCUACAUCUUUGGACUGGUGCUGUGCUGCUGGCGACAAUCGAAGUGGGCUUAUAUCGCAGGACUCUGCGCUUACAUAGCUGCAUUCAGCACGGCGGCGUCUAUCGCGUUCUUUCAUGGCGCUGAGUACCUUGAACGGAACAAGAUCCUGGACGAAGACCCCUACACCGGCAAGUUCUGGUACAACUGGCCUUCCGAGGUUCAGAGCGCAACUGACCGGGAGUACGGCUACUCCUACAUCAUUGGCUGGUUGGCCAUGUUCUUUGCCGCCCUCACAGCCACGUUCUACUCUAUCGCCGGCUGCUACAUAGGCGAGGAGAGAUACCAAGACAGGGAUUACUACGACAAGCACUCUCGGUCACAUGAAUACCUGGACCGCAGCUACCCGAUGCCCCUGGAGCCGCCCUACAAGGAGCAGUACUACGGAUACCCACAGCAGGGACCUUAUCUGUACGACAUGGACGCCCGCCAGCCACUUCCGGCCAUCCAGUACGGCCCCGAGCCCGCUGCUUACCGCUGGGGAUAGUCGAGUCUUCGACCCGUCGUACAUAGUGCACAGUAGUAUUGGCAUUACCCAGUUGGUAAAAUACAGUUUGCAUUCACGUGCAGCUGUUUUGUCAUGCAGGGAAGGACUGUUUACAAAUGGUAAUAUAUCAAGUUUUGCAAGUCUUUAUCAACAAAUACAGUGUGUUAAAUCUGUUAUCUCGGCAGAGUUCAGGAUCUUCCAGAAAGUGUUUGAAUGCAUAAUUCUCAUAACAACUAUAUAUCCUUUAUACAGUUUUCUUUUAUAUUACAUGUUUAGGUGACAAGUUAGACGAUGUUAAAUUGACAUGGUAAUUAGGCGUGUGUUCAUGUUACACUUGACAUGGGAAACAUGCGUGUGUAUAUGUUCUCUCUGACAUGACUACCUGUACAUAUUCUCAUCAUAAUAAGUUCAAUACUCAUCUCAUACAGGAGAUAUUGUGUUGUGUUUGAAUGAAGAUGAACGUUUUGACUCAUUACAUAUAGUCUAUUGUUUACAUUUAUUAUUUUGCUUUAUAUAGUUAAGUCAGGAAAUUUCAAUGCGAUUUCUGUCAAUUUCAGGUGAAAGAUUUUUUUUUUAAAUGAUAAAAAAACAUGUCAUUGCUGAGAUUUGAACACUUUUUAUACAUUUACUUUAAAAUAAUUGAAUUGUGUCAAAGUAAAAAGGUGUUGCUUUGUGUUUUUCAUGAAAGGAAUUAAACAGCAUUAUAUACAUAUUAUAAAUUUUAUAUGCAAAAUAUUUACUUACUAAUAAAUUAAUUAAACUUC